UUUGUUGUGUUCGUGGUGGAGUCUGUGUCAGUUUUCGAGCUAGCUAGCUAGCAUGUGCCCGUUAAUAGAGGGGCUUCAGCUGAAAUCGCCACGAUUCUUCUUUGCACGAUGCAGUUUACAGGAAAACUAGCCGAGAAAAACUAGCGAAGGUAACGUUAGCCAACUUGGCUAACUAGUCGAUCACAACAGAGACGGGAAAAUGGCUCGGUUGGGCUGCAGAGUGCCACAGGGAGCGUGUAAGGUGCCCACAUUCUGCUGCAGAGGAGAGAGCACCAGGAUGAGGAGACUGUAGGCACCCGCCGUAGUAUGGCCGCGUCCCGUUCCUCGCGCGUCACAAGGUCAUCAGUGGGGCUCAAUGGAUUGGAUGAGAACUUUUGUGGUCGAACCCUCAGGAACCGCAGCAUUGCCCAGCCAGAGGAGACCUCCGUGUCUCCGCUACCUAGGGCCCGCUCACCCAAGAAGAAGCAGGACGCCAAGCAGGAGUCUAAGCAGGACGCCAAGCAGGAGUCUAAGCAGGACGCCAAGCAGGAGUCGAAGCAGGACGCCAAGCAGGACGCCAAGCAGCAGUCGAAGCAGGACGCCAAGCAGGAGUCAAAGCAGGACACCAAACAGGACAAGAAGCAGGACCCCAAGCAGGAAUCAAAGCAGGACACCAAACAGGAUACCAAGCAGGACUCAAACCAAGAUGUUAAGCAGGAGUCAAAGCAGGAAGCUAAAGAGGACACAAAUAAGGACGAGAAGCAGGUCACUCACUCACAAGAUGGCCAGCAACAGGCCUCAUUGCCGGGAAAGGUAACUGACUCCAAUGCUUCUCCCGCUGAGGCCGAUCAAUGGACCAGCUCCCGGAAACGGGGCGUGUCCUGUUUAGGAAAAGACAUUAGCCCAGAGAAGUCCGAGAACUGUGAUGGAGGAAAGGGGGCGCGGGGUGCCUCUCCUCAAAUCAAAAGGGCCAAGCGGUGCUCCCGCUCUGGAGAGUCUCAGGGACAGGAGGAGGAGGACCCUGAGCCUCCGAAACCUGAAAGUCCGGUCUCUGUCCCAGAGCCUAGAAAGGACACUUGUGAAGAAUUACCCAGCCAAAACUCUGCUGACACAGCUCCUGCUUCACCCAUCCUCAGUAAGCAGGAAGGUGAGCUGACAGGGGGGAAGGCAGAGGAUGGUCACGUGGAGUGUGACGGGGUAACUCAGCCACAGAAUGCUCACAAGGCCUCGAAUGGACUCAGAGAAAACAAAGCAGAGGAAUCUUGUACCCUUACUGAAGAACCUAGUGCGGACCCCACCUCUGCUACCAAUUUCCCGUUGCUGCUCAAUGGCAGUCAGACGGGGACUCCCUCAUCCCCUGACCCCGCUGUGCCUUGUAGAAACUCUGUCCCUGUGCAGAUGGAGGCCUCUGGCUCAGGGGAAUCGCCAGCCUCAUCUGCACCAACGUUUGAGGGUGCUCUAGAGGAUUCUGUCCCUGAGUUGAUGGUGGCCAAGGAGCAGGAGGUGGAGGAGAUGGAGGUUGACGUGGUGGGUGACCCAUUGUGUUUGGCCCAUGAGGAGCAGGUGACGGAGACUCAGAGUGAUACCAAUGGCCGACCGCUAACACCAGUGCAGGAAGCUGCUCCAUCCACCUCCUCCUCUACCACUAACAUGAACAGUAGUCCAAUCAACAACAACAGCAACUCAGGAGAAACUACACCCCCACUAACAACAUCCCCCUCCCCCACAGAGCCAGGGUGCAACCCCUCAAUAUCCAGCACGUCCCCCUCCUUCACAGAGCUCUACGAACACAGAUACACCCUGCGGACUUCACCCAGAAGGGCUGUGUCUGGUAGCAAAGCCUCCUCCUCCAAGCCCGGCUCUCCUCCCAGAGACAAUGGUCCCUUGAGGGAAGAGGGGGAGGUCGUGGUUGGGCUUGAGGAGGACUGUCCGACGGUGAAGGGACCUGCGCCCUCAGACUCUAUUGGUCCCUCCAGUGAGGAGCCGGCGUCUGUGAGUCCUGGAGACAGGGCAGUUGGAGAGGACGGUGGCCCCAUGGAGGGCAAAGAGGCCGAGAGCAGCAAGGAGCUGACACGGAGCCAGGCUGCAGAGGAGGAGGAGGAGGAGGAGGAAGAGGAGGAGCCAGACGUGUAUUACUUUGAGUCAGACCACCUGGCUCUUAAACACAACAAAGAUUAUCAGAGACUGCUGCAGACCAUCGGAGUUCUAGAGGCCCAGCGCACGCAGGCCAUCCUGGACCUGGAGACGUUGGCGCGACACCAGAGGGAGGCGCUCGCCGAUCCCAUCAGCUUUGUGGAGCAGCUGCAGAAAAGGGUGAAUCUGGGCUUACCGUGUCCUCAGCGUGUUGUCCAGCUCCCUGACAUUGCUUGGGAGCAGUACACCUCAGGCCUCGGUGAUUUUGAGAGAGAGUUCUGCGACAAGAAACGCAAAACCAGGCGGCUAAAAUUGAUCUUCGAUAAAGGUUUGCCUCUUCGACCAAAAAGUCCUGUUGAGCCCAAGAAGGAAGGCGAAUCCUCCACCAUGUACUCUUCUCUACCUAUGAGUGAUGCCCCAGAGAAUGGCGGGCAAACGCAGAUGAUCAGGGGGAGGAUUUGUCACCCAAACAAGCCUGACACAUUUAACCAGCUGUGGACUGUGGAAGAACAGAAAAAACUGGAGCAGCUUCUUGUCAAGUUCCCUCCCGAGGAAGUCGAGUCCAGAAGAUGGCAGAAAAUUGCUGAUGAGCUGGGCAAUCGAACUGCAAAACAGGUUGCCAGUAGGGUUCAAAAGUACUUCAUCAAACUGACAAAAGCUGGUAUCCCUGUGCCCGGAAGAACACCCAACCUGUGCAUGUACACUAAAAAGGCAUCCAGUAAAAGGCAGCACCACCUUAACAAGCACCUGUACCGGCCGUCCACCUUCCUGACGUCCUACGAGCCUCCGGUCUACAUGGAUGAAGAUGACGAGCGCGCGGCGUAUUACAACAGCGUGCAGGACCCUUCUGCCGAUGACUCGGACGACGAGAGUGUACCUGUGGAGCUGAGAAAUCUGCCAGAGUACAAAGAGCUUUUAGAGCUGAAGCGGCUGAAAAAACAGAAGCUCCAGGAGAUCCAGGAGGAUAAGGCCGGGGUGCAGCAUGUCGGCUACAAGUGUGACGUCUGCGGUAUGGAGCCCAUCCAGGGAGUACGGUGGCACUGUCAGGACUGUCCGCAAGACAACUCAGUCGAUUUCUGCUCCAACUGCUCCGACUGCUUGUUCAAGACGGAGACCCACAAGCCGAACCACCACCUGGAACCGGUGUAUCAGCCGGACACCUUUCUGGACAGGGACUACUGCCUGCCUCAGAGCACAGGCUAUAACUACCUGGACCCUAACUACUUCCCGGCCAACAGAUGACAGGGUCCCGGGCGGCCCUAGCUCCAGGCUCUCUCCACAUAUCCCACAGGCCACUCUGUGCAUGGCUCCAUCCUCCAAGUCCAAGAUAACCGCUUAACCCGCCGCCAGGCAGGAAGGCCAGCAGGCAGGCAGACAGCCGGGGGCCUCAGAGCAGACCUCAGUGCUGCUGGUGGGGGGGCUGUUGGUAACUGACCUCCCUGACUUGAGCAAAUGGGCGGCCAUGUUGGCUCCUCAGAAAAAAAAAAAGGGGGCCCCGCUCCACCUCAGCCAGGUUAUUUAACGGAUCUGUGAUUUGAAAACGACACACUAUUUUUUAAAAACAAACAAACAAACAAAAAAAAAAGAGAAAACAGAAGGCACACGACAUUCCCGAGCUCUGUGACUCCAGGAGGGCUGUCCCCGUUUCCCCCUCUUUCCCCCCACCGCCCUCCAGUUACCUCCCCGUGCUGCUUUGAAACUGGAGAAUCGAUCAGUCUGGCGAAGCGCCGCCAGACGGUCGACCGGCGUGUCAUAGUGGACUGUGAAGUCGUCAACUGAGAUACACAUAGGUGGUUUGUAUGUGCGUAAGUGGUCUCCGUGUUAUGCAAGAGUGAAAAAUGUUCUAGCUAGGUAUCCGUAGAUUGAGUAUUUAUGAGCCGCAGCAGGAGUUGCGGCGCUGCGGAAGGUGCCGUGGUCGAAGCCAGCGUGGUUACGUUUUGUUGUUUUUCGGCCGCAGACUGUAGGAAGUUCUGCCGAUCCGACGCGUGGCCCUGCAGACAGACCCGUACGUGUUACACGGACGGCGCGCCAUGUUGGUCAGCAUGGAGCCGUCCCCACCACUGUCACACAAUGCUGCUCUCUUCCCCCUUCACCUUUCAAACACACAAGACACACACACACACACACACACACACUCUUUCAUCUCUAUUUCUUUCCCCCUUUUUGCUCUCUCCACUAAAACAUGUCUAACAAGGAAGCACUACAGCACGGAGAGCAACGUUUUUUCUGGAAGGCAGGCAAACGGAAAAAUACACAAGACUGUGUUUUUGUUUUCUUUUUCUUUCUCCUCCCCCAAUGUGUGCCGUUGUUGAUCAUGUUGAGUGUACAAGUUAUAUGGUGAAAAGUGAAAAAGUAGCCAGCGCUAGUUGCUGUGUGCCAUUUUUAAAAAAUAAAUAAAUAAAUAAAAAGAUAUUUUUUUGGCAGGGGGGAGGGACUCUGAACCUGGACACGACUCCUCCCUUCCUGCGUGGCUCCAUCGACCCACAUUGUCCCACAUUUACUGAUCCAGUCAUCUUGCCUCUAGAUCUUUAAUUUUGCAGUCCACUUUAAAGGUCCAUUUAAAAGAUUGUAUUUUUAUUAAUCUAUUUAAAAAAAAUAAAAAAUAAAAUAAAUGAUUGAGGUAGUGGUUGGUGCCUCCACAGUGGAACAACCCACACAAUUUUAUACACAUAGAUUUUGUUGUGCUUGAGUAGACACCAUUUUGUAUGGUUUUCGUCUCCUUCCCUCACCCCCUUUGCCCCCGCUUCAAUAUCUGUGUAUAACAGUCUGUUCUUAUGUAAAAAAUAAAAAAUAAUAAUGUAAAAAAAAAAAAAAAUGCUAGAGGAGAACCGUGGAAAUAAAAGUAUGUGAAAAUAGUGUUUCUA